UUUCUCCGCGCCGCGCAAGCGCAGUUGGACCGCCGAUGCGGAAAAGCGCGCGCGCACUCAAGUCUCUCGACUCUGCGUUUUGUGAAUGCACCGGAGAAUCUCGUUCAAUUUACGUGUGAAACGGUUUUGAUAAAAAUACUGUGUUGUGUUGUUUAAGUAGAAAGUUGAAGUGAAACAGGGAAGCGGCGGACGGCAUUGGAAUAACUGUCGUGAAUGCCGGGCCGCAUGGAUGGCUGCACUCGUCUCGCGGCUGCUCGCGCUCCUCGCCGCCGCCUCGCUCGUCAUAGCUAAGUAUGCGGAAUUGGAGUCAUGGCGCGGCGCCGGGCGAUUGGCCACAGCUGCCGAGGAGGCGCAGGACGAGCAGCACGACGCGGAAAUGCUGGCUGCUGUCCGCGCCUCCAUGAAGAUUUGGGAAGGGAAGAGAGCUAGGACAAGGAGUAAAAGGUCGCAAGGCAACGUCUGCUACGGCGAGUUCGGCUGUUUUGAGGACUCGGGUCCGUUCGCCUACCUCGAGACGCUCCCCAGCCCGCCGCAUGACGUCGGCACGCACUUCCUGCUUUACUCCACCGUCAGCAGAGGCGAUCAGCCGUUGCUGGCGGUGUCAGCCAGCAACAUGUCAGCAGCUUGGGGCUGGGCGGCGCGCGCCUUCGACGCCGCGCGGCCUACACGUGUCAUCGUUCACGGCUUCGGCUCAAACUGCGACAAUGUCUGGGUGUACGAGAUGAGGUCUGCUCUCAUGGCCGUGGAAGAAUGCAACGUGGUGUGCGUAGACUGGGAGGGCGGGGCCACGAUGCCGAACUACCUGCGCGCCGCCGCCAACACCAGGCUGGUGGGCAAGCAGCUGGCCAUGCUGCUGCAAGGUUUCGCGAAGUACAUAGACCUACGGUUCGAAGACGUUCACUUGAUUGGGUUCAGCCUGGGCGCGCACGUGGCCGGCUUCGCAGGAUCAGAAUUAAGAAAUAUUAGUCGCAUUACAGGUCUAGACCCGGCAGGCCCGCUCUUCGAGUUCCAAGACCCGCGCGCGCGACUGGACCGCGGCGACGCCGCCUUCGUGGACGUGAUCCACUCCAACGGGGAGACCCUGAUCCUGGGCGGGCUGGGCGCCGCGCAGCCGCUCGGCCACGUCGACUUCUACCCCAACGGGGGGCGGGUGCAGCACGGCUGCUCCAACUUAUUCGUGGGGGCUGUCUCGGACCUGGUGCUGCCCUGGGCGGCGGCGUCGGUGGAAGGCCGCUCGCUGUGCAACCACCGGCGGGCCUACAAAUUCUUCACCGACUCAGUGUCCCCUAAGUGCCACUUCCCUGCCUUCCCCUGCGCCGAUUACGACAGUUUUCUCGAGGGCCGCUGCUUCCCGUGCGGCGGCGAGGAACGCUGCGGCAACAUGGGCUACUACGCGGACCGCUCGCUGGGCCGCGGCCAGCUGUACCUGCUCACCAGGGAGGAAGAACCCUUCUGCGCUCACCAAUAUCACGUGUCGGUGUGGGCCGAGAGCGAAGCUGGCGCGAAGGCGAACUACGGGCGCGUGUCGCUCACUCUGCACGGAGACUCGGGGCUCAACGAGACCUUCCCGAUGACCAAGCGCGAAGUGACCUCACCCGCGGCGGCUCGUUUCACGCACAUGAUCGUGCCCCACCCGGCGCUCGGCGUGCCCUUGCGGGCGACGGUCCACUACGCGGGGUACUCCGGUUGGCUGACGGCAGGCGCGAAAGUCAUACGGCUGCACAAACUGCUCAUCGCUGACAGCUUCGGCAAGACGUCAUCUUUCUGCAAGAAAGGGCUUCAGUUGCUGUCAGAUGAGGCCGUCGAACUGCCACUCUAUCCCGGAGACUGCCAAAUACAGGAUACCGACGCCAACUCCACAGCCGACGAGCUCAUCAAGCGUGACACGUCGACGAAAGCCGCGCCGGUGGAUCUCCACGAUAACGAGCUGUCGGACGAGCCGCCGUUCCGCCUCGUGGACACCGCCGAGUGGACCGGCGCCGACGCCGGCCGCGCCUUCGGCGUCACCAACACCAAGCUGGCGCCCGGCGGGGCGAUAGAGAUCGCUGAACCGGUCCUUAAACCGAGACAACACAAAACGUCGAGGCAGCGGGCCGAUGAGCCGCCUGCAGAGAUAUCUGAGCCGCUGCUGCGAGCGACUCAAGCGCCGCGGUCGACGACGCCGCCUCCAGUGCGGAAGGCGAAGAACUAUGACAUGUCGACCACGCCGACCUAUGAGGACCAGGCGGACGCGGCGGAUAAGGAGACGAGCUUCGCUGUGCAGUUCCUGCCGUCCCGCCUGGCGUCAUUCAUCUCGCGCGCCGAGCGUUACGCGCGCGACACGCUCCUCCCGCUCGUGUCCGCGUACGCGCCGCGCCUGCCCAUCUUCGGCUCCCGGGAGAACCCCAAACCCACCGCGCGCUACAUCCCCAUGGACGCCAACGUCACCAGCUCGGUACCCGUGCCCACGCCCACUCUAGAAAUGAAGAUAGAGACGUUACGAACGAUGGGUCCACCGGGGGAGAAGCGCGAGAUGGAAUCGCCUGAAGAUCCUGAAAUUACUACAACGACGACGACGACGGAAAAGCUACAAGCGGCCGCUUCGGAGGUAAUGGCGUCGGUGCCGGCGGAGAUGCUACAGGUGGUCCCAGGUCCGACCGUGACGACGAGUACGGCUUUACCGCCUGUCGCUCUCCGGAGCGAAGGCGAAAAGAUCGUCAUAGUCUACCCGAGCAACGCUCGAGACGAGCGUAAAAUCCGUUCCCAUUCAUACCCUGAGGAGUUACAGUUUGAAGCGUUGUACCGGCAUACGGCAAAGCCGGAGCUUCGAGACCUUCGAGUGGAUUUGCCUACGUUCUCGCCGCCGGUAACGACCGUGGGCACGCCGGGCGACCCGCGCUACAUCCCCGUACCUUACCCGGCGACGAGAGACAAGCCCGGUGAAGCCACGUGAGCGAGUAUAGUCAUGAUUUGAUUUAGUUAGUCGAUGAUUGAGGGCUAAAUGGUUUGAACGGCAAAAAACGCGGUUCAAAG